AAAGUGCAACUUGGAGUGUCCCUGUAUCGAAGCUCACGCCGCUCAGCCCAAACCGGUCAUACCCGGCUAAGGCACAUCCAGGACGACCCUUCCGAUGAUGUUGCGGACGAGUAUUCGCAAUGGCGUGUGUGCUCACCUGCCUUCCCGGCUGUCGCGGUCUUCUCGAGCAGUCACGGUGGGGACAAGCGCUACUACCACUGCCAGUACUAGCAGUUCAAAAACUAACACCAAUCCAACGUCUGCUGGCCAGAAACCAACCCUCGGAGAGGAUCGUGUCAAUUCUCCCUCAGAAAGCUCGCGCGAUACUACUGUCUCGGAUGCAUCGACCUCCACGACGGCAACCCCGGAUUCCUUUGACACUCCUCAACCUACGGACAGCGUCAGCGCCUUCAACGGACGCAUGCGGGAGUGGGCACACCUUGCUGUGACGACAGUACGAGAACGUGCCGAUGUAUUCUCUACAAAGACAAAGGCGACGUUCUCUCAGCUCGGAGGACACUUGAACCGCGCGACGGGGUACGAUGCUAUUGACGUCUUAAAGCGACAAGUUGUCGAGCAAGAGGCAAGGAUCAAGGCCGCUCGAGAAGCAGCUCGGUCUGCGAAACUUGCGUAUGAUAAAGCCGUCAUCCAGCGUGCAGUCGCACAGCGUGACGUGAACGAGCUGCUGCAGCGCAAAUCGAGCUGGAGCGACGAGGACGUGUCCCGGUUCACGGCCCUUGUCCGUGCUGACCAUGCGCGAGAGCAGGACGAGGCUCGGGCGAAGGCUGCGGUUGCUGCGUCCGAAGAUUCAGUCGAGCGGGAGUUCAGUGCGCUCAUGCGGGCGAUUUUGGCACGGUAUCAUGAGGAGCAGGUGUGGAGCGACAAGAUCCGGAGCGCGUCGACCUAUGGAUCGCUCGCGGCUCUGGGCGUGAACUUGGUGGUCUUUGUGGCAGCGAUCGUGUUCGUUGAACCGUGGAAGAGGAAGCGCCUUGCUCAGACUUUUGAACGGAAAGUGGAAGAGCUAGGGUCAGAGACAAAGGCAAUGGUUGACGAAGGGGCGAAGAGGAUAGAGGAACGUCUGGUUAACCAGGAACGCCUACUUGCGGAAUUGUUCAGUGGUGUCGCAGAACAUGUUCAUGAAGUUCCCUCUGUCUCUGCAUUAGUCGAGCAGCAAGAGCAGUCGAGGGCACCAGAACUCCCGAGGCGGACAUUCAUAUCACAUCCAUGGUUUGGGGCUGUUGGGACUCGCGAGCUCGUUCUCAUUGCAGGGAGCGCAGUAGCAGGCAGUGCAAUCUCGCUGUUAACCCGAAGUCUAUUUGAUAGUUGAAAUUUCCGAGAGGACGCCAUUAUACCGACGUAGAUCU